AUGUCACUCAACAAAAAUUAUCCAAUCGGGAAUCAUGAAAAAAUACCUAUUCAAUCAGGUGGAUUAGUGAGGAAAGUCGAAGAUGAUAGCGAUUCCUCUAUGCUACUCAGGGAAGAUAUUACAAAACGGUCAGUGGAUUUAGCAUCUGCCGGAAGGCUUGCUGAAGGCGACGAUGAUGACGACGAUGAGUGUGAUGAUGAUGACGAUGGCGGUGAUGAUGAUGAUGAUGACCAUAAAGAUGAUGAUGAUGACCAUAAAGAUGAUGAUGAUGAUGAUGAUGACCAUAAAGAUGAUGAUGAUGAUGAUGAUGAUCAUAAAGAUGAUGAUGAUGAUGGUGAUGAUGAUGAUGAUGAUUAUUAUGGUGAUGAUGAUGAUGAUGAUAAUGAUGCUGAUGAUGAUGGGGAUGAUUAUUACAAGGAUGACAAUGAUGACUGA